AUGGGCUUGCUUGUGAGAGUGUUACGUGGAGUGUGGAAAAAAUCUGGAACCGGUGAAUGGGGAUUCCUAACUCGCCCCGGAGAAAUGGCUCAAGAGAACGUAUUGCAAGAGAAUGAAAGUUACGAAAGGCUGCUUGAAAUAGUGAGGGCUACAUAUCAUCUCGAUGACAACACGAAGUUAGCGUUAACAUUCCAAUUCCCGGACUGGAUGCUUAAACCAAAUGGAAACUAA